AAUCUCUAUUGUAGGAAGGAUCAGAUUAGCUGUGAAUCCUUUUGAAAAAACAAUAAAUAUAAGCGGUGUAAUUCAUAUUUGAAACAAUAAUUUGGUUUAUGGGCGUAUUUAGAAUGUAGCUAAAUUUUAGUUGCUUCCGAUAUACGUAUGUUUCAUGAUUGCUAUUAAUUGACAAGAGACGAAUAUCUGACGUUUAAUUUUUUCAGAGUAAAUCUGAACGCAUUAGAUUGUUUUGAAGGAAGUUUCCUUGCCUUUUGAUCGACGAGAGCGUUUUUUUGAUGGUCUUCCCUCUGCGAAAAUCUUCCCGGAAUGUUUCUUUCGGUAUUGGGGAUUUUUAUUUUUUCAGAAGCGUUUUCUUUGCUUCAAGGAGUACCAAUUUUUGAGCCCGUAGGAUGCUACCUGGACAGUGGUGCUUCACCUCGUCCCAUGCCGCUGCUUCUCAGGGACUUUCGUCCAGAAAUAAACUGGAAUAAUGUCGAGGCUGUAAUUGAACAGUGCGCAAGCUUGGCAUACAAUAGAAGUUUCAGUUAUUUUGGACUGCGCUAUUAUGGACAAUGUUGGUCUGGAGCAACCGCUGAUCAAACGUACAGUCGUGACGGACCAGCUGAAAGAUGCGUGAGAGGAGUAGGCCUGAAAUCUACUUAUUACGUCUACAAAUUCUAUGACUACAGUCAUCAAGUUGCCGGAUGUAAUAUGGCGUGGAAGGCUCAGGAUAACUUCUGUUUUCUUGUGACUGCAAGUAACAGUUCAACCGAAAAUAAAAUGAAAGAAUACUGCCAAAAGAAUGAAGGGGAAUUGUAUUACGCGACAAGUAAAAGUGCAUUCCGCCUUCUGGAACAGUUCCUUUACACGAUUAAGUCGAGUGUGGAUAGUGGAAAAUCUUCUCAGUGUAUUGUAGUAGCUCUCGUGAAUGCGAGCUCCUUCUCCACUUUACCUUUGACACAAAAAAAUGUAUCAAACUCGAUGACGCACAUCUGCGCCAUAAGAUCGCCAAAUCAAUGGAAGUUUCAGGAAUGCCUUGUUAACAGUUGUGAUCAUCUGUGCAUCGCGCCUAGAGAUGUCAGCCCUGUUUCUGGAACCUUCAUUCAGCAUGCCACAGACGCUGCUUUCAUAGGUCACAUGAUUACUAGCUUGCUUGUUGAUGACAUCACUGUAUGUGCGCGUGAAUGUUUGCUCUAUCGUAAUUGUGUGUCGUUUAACUUCGAGUAUCUACCGACUGGAGGACGUGAAUUAAUGAGUUCAGGAAGAGUCUGCGAGCUAAAUGACGAAAUUAGAGACAGCUGCUGGGCGAAAUUUCACCAACGGAACGGUUAUAAAUAUUAUGAAAGGCUGCAAUUGUAGAUCAGUGUUUCCUGAGUGUUUUCUAAAAUUAGAAUUUGUCGAAGAAUGACUUUUCCCAUCCCGAGACUUGGUGUUCUGCGAAAUGGUUCAAUUUGGAUGUAAAUAGGAGAAAGCAAAUUGUCAAAGGCGCCAAAUGCUGUAAAAACUAACGCUCAUAUCGCCACCCUCGGAGGACACAAAAAGUUUUUGUGUUUUUUUUUUUCGCACUCUGUCCCUCUGUUUUGAGAGGUUAUACGGACUGCCACGUGAUAUGAAAAAAUCUUGCAUGAGAACUGAUGGUAAAAAAUUGACGUGGAUUCAAGUGUCAGUAGGCACUUCCGAUAUGUGUACGUCCCAAAAAAAAAAAUAAUGCAUCUGAUGUUUAAUUGUAUUUUUGGCAUUAGAUGAAAAAGUGUUAAUUGAAGUCUGACUUGUUAUGAAGUAGAAGAGCUCACUUUUUAAUUUCUUGUCGGCUAGUAACUUCCUCAGCGUACACGAAGAUGAGCAAUGUUGCCAAGCAACGCAUUCUUCCUUUACGUUUUCCCCAAUGAUAAGAUUCAGACAUGUCAUGGGUAAACCUCUUAAGGUAUAUUCAUAAAUUCUUCUUGAUACAGCUUUAAUAAUUUUCGGAAAAGUGUACGGAUUUACCUGCCCGAUAAUUAUGGGCUGAGAAACGGCAAAGGUCAGCUGCUAAAAAAAGUAAACAUGAACAAAAGUGUUUUUAGCAUAUGUGUUAAGAAAGAAAUGACAAGCUUUUCCGAAAGCAAAUAUCGAGAAAGUAUUCAAAGGAAAACGUAUUUCUUGUUUCUUCUAGUAAUUCAGGUAAUAAAACAAUAAUUUGGUUAUCUUUCACAACGCCAAUUUUCUGGUAACACGAAAACCAGUAGAAAUUUUCCUUUCAAUUAAUUUUCCAAUCAGGAACAAAACGAA